AUGAAGUUCCUCACCGUUGCCACCGUCUUCAUCACCACAGUCCUUGCCGUCCCAACCGUCUACUCCCCUCCUCCUCCUAGCUAUCCCUUGCCUGGAAACGGCAAUGGCAAUGGCAAUGGCAACGGCAGCCCCUCGCCUUUGUGCUCUCCAGGCCUUCUUAGCAAUCCCCAAUGCUGCGCUACCGACGUCCUCGGCGUCGCUGAUCUCAACUGCGCCGUUCCGUCCACGGUUCCCCGAAAUGCCGCUGAUUUCCAAAAGAUCUGUGCCAGCGUUGGACAGCGCCCUCGCUGCUGCGCUAUCCCCAUUCUCGGCCAAGCUUUGCUUUGUGACACACCCGUCGGCGCCCAGUGA